AUGUCUAAGUCAAUUCAGGGCUGGAUUUUAAAGCACAAGGGAUUUGUCAACUUUAUUAAUCAUAAUCUUGCUGAGAGAAAAGGAGUCAUUGGAGGAAUCUUCAAAAGACUUAAAGUAGGACCAAGACAAAUGGGCAGACACACUCUCCCAUCUGCUAUCAAGUUCUUCAACCAUUACCUAGUUUUUACUUAUGGAGUUUUGGGUGCAUGUAGACCUGUUAUGUCAAGGUUCAUUGGAUCAUCUCAUGGACCUCUGAAUUAUACAGGAUUAAUGAUGUGGUUCCUCAUGACCGGAGCAAUUCUUAACAGGAUGAGAUUCCAAAGAAGUAGAGAUGUUUUCCAAUUCAACUCUGAAGAUGGAGCUGAAUAUUGGUACAGAGCUCUCAACAUGCUUUUCCCACCAAGCUACUUAAACAACAAGCUGUCAGCACAUUACAUUGAAAUCAACCAAAUCUAUACUACUGAAAUGUUUAAGAGAUACAGAAAAGCAAGACAAGAAAUUUUAGAAGAAAGAGAGAGCGCAAGUGAUAAAGAGAAGAGAACAAGAUUCAUCACCAAUCCCAAUUAUGUUUAUGAGCCACUUGGCAAAGAUACCAAUCUUGUCAGAGAGGUUGUUUUCAAAUAA